AGUUGUUGAAACUAUAAAGUCUAGGAGAAAAUUAAACCUUAAGAUAACAAAAAGUUGUAUAAUGCAUCAAGUGUGUAUUUACAUGAACGAAAUUUCGUUUAACUUUGCGUAAAUGAAUCGGCGCCCAUCAGUCCUUCGAUCCAAUCUUGGAUUUUAUUUCAAUUCCAUAAGACGUAUGAUUUACUGUAUGUACGCAUCGUAUUACUUGAUACAAUAAGUCAUGUUCAAUAAAACGUGCAAUAAGUCGUUGCGUGUAAACCGGCCUUUAUAAUACGACCACACAUACACGCCGGUAGUAGUAACCACUUGUUUUACAAUUCUUUUUGUACCUAUGAUAAUUUGACAAUGGAUUAGUGAAGUUUAUCAUAGAUUAAAUAUAUAUAGAUAGACCAUGGGUAUAGGCGAUAUGGAAUCCAAUAAAUUUAAUAUAAGGACCGUUUCACAAGAACGCAUAUCAAUCGCGCGCAUUUCAUACGUCGCGUUCAGAAUUACGUUAUUUAUAUUGACUAUUUACGAUGGACGCGUAUGAAACGGGUUUUUGGAUACGCGUUCCCGUUCGUGGCGCGUAUCAAACGCGAGCGUGUAGGCCAUUACAUGCAAUGACAGGUUUCAUAUAGGCUUGUAUCGUACGCGCAAUGAUCUAAUUUUGAAAAAUGGUUUUUAUAUUAUGUUUUACAAAUUCUCAAUGAAGUGCAAUUCUUCUCUCAACAAGUUCAUACACAUUGAGAACUUAUUUUAUACUUCGACGUUUGAUUUAAGACUAUUUAAUACGCGAUUCGCUACCAUGCAAUUCUCGAGGACGUCGACUGUAAAUCCGGUAAAAACAAAGUUAUUGUUCAUCGUGGUUAUAUUGUAUUGUCAUUUGGUGUUUGGUGAAAUCGAGGUGAAAAUUGCAAAAGGGAUUCUAAGAGGUCAAAUUUUGAAAUCAAGAAACGGAAGACCUUACUACUCAUACACCGGUGUACCAUAUGCAAAACCGCCAGUUGGGGAACUUCGAUUUGAGGCUCCAGAACCAGUUGAUCCGUGGAAUGGAACUAUAGACGCAACUAAGAGUCCAACAAUUUGCCUCCAAAAGGAUGAAGAACAUAGCCAAGAGGAUUGCUUAUAUUUAAAUGUUUAUUCACCAGCCACUGAUGGUAGACUUCCUGUAAUGUUUUGGAUUUAUGGAGGAGCGUUUUAUUUGGGUCAUGGUAAUUUUGAAUCGUUUGGCCCUGAUUAUUUUAUGGAUAAAGAUAUCGUGUUAAUAACAUUCAAUUACAGAUUAGGAGUAUUAGGUUUAUUGAGCAUGGAAGAUGACGUUAUACCAGGAAACUAUGCAAUGAAAGAUCAAGUAAUGGCGUUACGAUGGGUUCAAGAAAACAUCGAUAAAUUUGGAGGUGAUCCUGGGAAAGUGACGAUUUUCGGUGGGAGUUCUGGUGCGGCAAGUGUCGGUUACCAUAUGAUUUCACCGAUGAGUAAAGGUCUUUUCCACAAAGCCAUACUUCAAAGUGGCUCUCCAUUGUGUCGAUGGAGUAUACCACUACCCGGUGUAGCACGCCAUCAAACCAAAAUAAUUUCCGAUGUAGCUGGAUGUACUGGAAGAUCUUCAACGGACAUUUUAAAAUGUUUGAAGAAAUUACCUGCACGAUUUUUUAUCAAUCUUCGUGAAAUAUUCAACGAAACACUGACAUAUUCCCACAUGGUAUUGUUUUUACCGGUAGUAGAACAAUGUGGUUCUGGCCAAAAGUCUUUUUUGUGUCACCACCAGUUGCAUUCAUUUCAACAAGUGUCUUUUGUGCCGGCUAUAGUUGGUUUGAACUCUGGUGAAGGUGGAAUGGAUGUUUCUUUUAUGAUCAACGACAAAGAUUUGCCAAAUCCGGAUAUCCUUAAAGAUUUUCAUUAUAAAAUGUCGCUUAUGAUGGGAUACGAACAUUAUGCAUCAGAUGUGAAUGAAAUCGGUAAAUCGAUUAUCCAGAGAUACUUUCCUACAGGAAAAGUUGAUCAGUCUUAUUCCAAAUUAGUUGAAAUGUUUACUGACGGCGAUUAUAUCCAAUGUUUGUUAGAUACGGCUAUUAAAUUUUCACCACCGAUGUAUUAUUAUGUUUAUGAUUACCAAAAUGAAUUUUCAUUUAACAUAUUAUAUGGGAAUUCGCAUCAAAAACUAGGAGUAACACACGGCGAUGAGUUGAUAAGUUUGUUUAAAUUGAGGAAUUGGAAUAAUAAAGAAUUAAAUGAAAAAGAUUUGGAAAUUUCAAAACUUAUGGUUGAUAUUUGGACGAGAUUCGCUAUAUCUGACGUCCCAACUAUUGAUGGUACAGAGAGCAGUUCAGUUUGGCCAAUAUUUGACAUGAAAAAACAAUCAAUGCUUUACAUUAAUUCAAAUCGUUCCAGUGUAAUACAAAAUCCAUUUGAGGAAAAGUAUAAGUUUUGGAACUCAUUGUCUCUUUUAUCUAAAUUGACUGAAUAUUUUUCGAAAAGUGUCACUUCAACUACAAAUACGAAAAACGAACUCUAAUUGUUAUAUAUAUGCGGAACAUUUUAAUUUUGUAAUAAUCAAAUUU